GGGAUUCCACACCACCCGAGCGAUGUGUUUGUGUUGAGUCUUUCUACAACAAUAGGCUAUCUACUCCUUUAAUUAUGAGUUUCCGUUUGAUUUUUACGAAUACAGUUAAAACCCUGUUAAUUCCUGUAUUUUGUGUCUUUCUAGCUGUUGUUAUCAACUUUAUAGAAGAUGGAUUAAGUGAACACAAAGAUCUUGUUAUUGCAGUACUUUCUGCUAGGAAGAAUUUUGCCCAGCGGGAAGCCCUUAGGAACACUUGGGUAGAAUCUGUCAAGUCCAACUCAAGACUCAAAGACAGAGCAACUGUAAAUUUUGUAAUUGGAGGUGAAGCUUGUCAUCUUCAUGAUGAUGAUAAAGUUGACAAAUAUUCAUGUGAGGAGUUAAAUUUUAAUCACAAAAGCAAUCCAAGAAAUGAGUUGCUAGCUUUUAAAGAAACAAGUUCAAGUGAAUUGAUACAUUCACUAGAGUACGAUAAUGUCGGAUUUGACUUUAAGGUUCACCAUGAUAUUGUCAUUGUGGUACUUGGUGUGUUAGAUAGCUGCAUUCAAUUCAAUCAAAAUCCAAUUAAUGUUAGCCUCUACGAUGCCUUACACAAAAAUAUUCUUGCUAGUGCCAAUUUCAGUGUGGAUAAUCCUGGGAUGUUAUAUGGAAGUUGGCGUUUCAAAUACAUUGAACAGUUGGUAUACCCAAAGGGUUUCGAAGGAUCUUUGGUAACUCACAAUGGUGGAGGAAAUUUAUGGCAAGAUAUUGGCUCACUACAUGUGAAGAAUGUAGAGCAAGAUGAAGGGGUCAUUACCAUCAAAAAAGGAUUAAGAUUCUUAGAUGAGAGUGGUACUAAAUCUUUGUUUGAACCGUUGAUGGCAGGAAGAGAACAACUAGCAGCCUCCAAUAUGAUAUAUGUCAUUGAUGAUUCUAAAGAAGUUCACGCAUGGCUAUCAGAGAGAUCUACGAGGGAUGCAGAAAGACUUGCACAAGUGUCGGCUGAAUCUGAGUCACUGAAGAAAGAACAACAAACUAACAAUGAUCUAGUUUUUGUUGAUGUAGUAGAUGUAUACAGUAACAUUCCAACCAAGCUUUUAAAGUUUUAUAAAUGGGUGUCAGGUUCAAUGAGGUUUAAAUAUGUCAUGAAGGUUGAUGAUGAUACAUUUGUUAAUCCUGCUAAAUUACUUGAGUUUCUAGAUGAACCUAAACAGGAAACACGGAGUUGGUGGGGACAUUUUAGAAGGAAUUGGAAGGUAAAUGAGUAUGGCAAAUGGGCAGAUAUGCAGUACAACUCACUUACGUACCCACCGUUUGCCUGUGGGUCUGGCAACAUUUUGUCUUCAGAUUUGGUACGCUGGAUUGCAAAGAAUACUGGGUACUUGCAUUGCUACCAAGGAGAGGAUAUUUCAGUAGGAAUUUGGUUGGCUGCAGUCCAACCUCAUUACAUGCAUGACUCUAAUUUUAUUUGUGAUGAUAUAUGUGAACAGGAAAUGAUUCUGUCCGCACAAAACUCUCCUAAAGAUAUUCAAAAUAUGUGGGAUAAUCUAUUAAACUGUGCUGACCCAUGUGGUUGUAACAAUUGAUCACAUUAAAACCUUUAAAUAUGAAGGUCUGUUUAGUAUGUGGCAAGGUCUCAGCGGUGGAUGGGGUGCUAAGUUGUCGGACAGAGGGCCUGACAAGUUGCAGAGGAGGCAGCAGGAUUCUGGACCAAAACACCAGUGGGAGUUCAGGAGUUCUUGGCACAGAAAAUCUAAGCAAUUUUGACCAUUUUAAGCUGUGUUGUGAAACAUGGAGUGUACUAUGGCCAUAGAAGUUUUUAGUAAAGGGGAAAAGUUGUUGUGGCCGAUGAGAAGGCUUGGUUUGCCUACAUAUCUAAGCAUGUUUCAGUGUGUUGGACAACAUACUUAAAUAAUUCAAAAGAUUGAUCAAUAUGAACAAAAUGAUUGACUUAAAAUUAAUGGAGUGAGUAUGAAUAUACAACUUUGCAAAUAGAAGUGUGGAGUUAAAUACAGUACCUGUAAUACACACAUCUUUCAUAAAAAAUCUAAAACAUAUGAUAAAUAAUAAUAAUAAUAAUUGAUUUAAGUAAAGUAGCAAAAUACACAAAUCAGACUCAAUGGAAUAAUUUAUUCAAUUAAAAUGUCACACAAGUUAAGAAUAAAGUGUUAAUACAUGCUAUACCUGUCCAGACUAUCAAAUUUCAUUUGACAAUAAACUGUUGUAUGCCCAUAUAUAGUCAUGGUGUGCUUAUAUGGUCAUGAUGUGAUUUCAACAUGACCAUAUUUAGGCAUGUUGCAUGUUAUUGUCCAAUCAAAUUUGAUAGUCUGGACAGGGAUUUAGACUAAAUCCACUCAUUCAGUUCUGAGAGCCAUAAAACUUCAUGCCAAAACCAAGGCAACUAUUUACAAUACAUUAUUACAAUGUGGUAUACCACUACAUUAGUUAUGCAAAACACUGGCUACCAUCAUUAUUACUAGUACACGAUUUAAAGGGGUAGUCCAAAGCUUUGAUAGAAUUGUUUAGUUGAGCGCAUACUUAUCAUGCUGUAGUGCUGAAAAUACUAACAUCCUGAGCUCUUCAUUCUGUGAUUGGUUGUAAUAUAAUAAGCUUGUAGACUUGUCUAUAAUUAGGACAGACUCACUCUUGUAAUUUUACUUGAAGUAUUAAAAGUCUCUUGAAAGUGCCUGGAAAAGUUUUGGACAAUCUUUUACACACAGUUUGGAACUUGUCAAUUUAAUUCACCCCAUGUUUUAAGCAUUCCAUAGUUUCUAGAUCAUUAUUAUUUUAAAAAUGUUUUAACAGAUUUUAUUAGUGUAUGUUUGACAAUCCUUGUUGACACAAUUAAAAAUCCUAAUUUAAUUAAACCCCGACUAAUUAUUUCUUAUAGUUUCUA